AGUAUGUUACAAAUAAUGUUGGGUAAUGCUAAUAGUCUCUGCUCUACAACAUGCCAUUGGAUAGAAUUAUAUAUUUCUCACUUGUUAUACAUCAGGCCAUUCACAGUGGGGUUAGAAAGCAUGUACAGUUUGGCACAGAAAAGCAUUCAAUUGAAACCAAUGGCCUCUGCACAUAAGUUGAUGGGGCUUAUAAUUGAAAUUCUUGGGGAAAAUACUGAGGUUGUUUUAGCAGAAUGCUUGAAAGGAUUUGGUCCUUGGAUGGUUGCCCAUGCCAUAGAGUUGUUGACUGCUGGGACUGACUAUGCAGAAAUGUGUUGUUAA